AAAACUUUCAGAGCACUGCGCGCGCGCGCCACUGUUAUGGUAACGGCGCCCCGCCCGCCUCUAGCACUGCGGCGCGCGCAGUUUCACUCCCUACUGUAUCGAUGAAGUUGCACAAAGAUGGCGGAUUUCCUGCCGUCCCGGUCCUUUCUAUCCGUUUGUUUUCCAAACUGUCUUCUCAACAGCAGCGAGGCGGAACAGCUGAGGAAAUCUAAAGAAAUAGACCGAGGUCUUCUGAAAGACAAAACGUAUGUGAAACGGUUAGUGAAGAUACUGCUGCUCGGCGCCGGAGAGAGCGGCAAGUCCACUUUCCUCAAGCAGAUGCGCAUCAUACACGGCCAGGACUUCGACCAGCGGGCCAAAGAAGAGUUCAGAGCCACCAUUUACAGUAAUGUUAUGAAAGGUGUUCGAGUGCUUGUGGAUGCCAGGGAAAAGCUGCAUAUCCCAUGGGGAGACUCUUCAAACCAGGUGCAUGGAGACACCAUGAUGGCUUUUGACACACGAUCAGCCAUGGUGUCACAAGGGAUAAUGGAGACCAAACUGUUCCUGCAGUACCUGCCUUCAAUCCGUGCCCUGUGGGCCGACAGCGGCAUACAGAACGCAUAUGACCGGCGCAGAGAGUUUCAGCUGGGUGAAUCGGUGAAAUAUUUCUUGGAUAACUUGGACAAACUUGGAACACUGGACUAUCUGCCAACACAGCAAGACAUCCUGCUAGCCCGUAAGCCCACCAAGGGCAUUCACGAGUACGACUUUGAGAUAAAGAAUGUGCCCUUCAAAAUGGUGGACGUGGGCGGUCAGAGGUCGGAGCGCCGCAGGUGGUUCGAGUGCUUCGACAGCGUGACCUCGAUCCUCUUCCUCGUCUCGUCCAGCGAGUUCGACCAGGUGCUGAUGGAGGACCGGCUGACCAACCGCCUCAUGGAGUCGCUCAACAUCUUCGAGACCAUCGUCAACAACCGCGUCUUCAGCAACGUGUCCAUCAUCCUCUUCCUCAACAAGACAGACUUGCUGGAGGAGAAGGUCAAAACGGUGGCCAUCAAGGACUACUUCCCAGAGUACACCGGGAUGCCACACGACCUGGAGGACGUGCAGAAAUUCCUGGUGGAUUGUUUCCGGAACAAGCGCCGGGACCAGCAGCAGAAGCCCCUCUACCACCAUUUCACCACCGCCAUUAACACGGAGAACAUUCGUCUGGUCUUUCGCGACGUCAAGGACACCAUCUUGCACGACAACCUCAAACAACUCAUGCUGCAGUGAUGCUGGUCCAGCCAUUACCCUUCAGAUCUCUCCGAAAUAACCCUCUUCUGCCCAGAAGAAACUGACUCCGAUGUUUGUACUCCACACAGUAACCUUUCUGAAUAGCUCUGACGUGCUUUUAUGCGAAGAAGGCGGCCUUGGCCUAGCGGCCUGCCAGGAGCACGGGACGGCGGGUAGUUUUGAGGAGAGAGCGGGUCCGGCCACUCGCCCUCGUCCUGCCAAGAGAAGCUGUACCUGUCACCCUCUCGCCGAAGGUGCCAAACGCAAUGCGCUCCUCUCUCAAAAAGAGGAGAGAAGCGGGAUGAGAGAUCCUAGCACUGUUCUUUGAUCUGUUACCUUUGAGCCUUUUUAUUACUGACCAAAUAGCAAGAUAAGAAGCAAAUGCUGUUUUAACCUUUUAACAGGAACUAUGUUCUGAGCCUUUCUGUCAACGCCUGCCUGGCCUUAAACCCCCCUCAUUUUGAUUGGUGUUUUUAAUGUGUAGAUUUCUAAUCAAUUGUAAAAUUUCUAGAAUCAUGUUUUGUUUUUGUUUUUCUUUUCUUUUUUAUAGAUCUAAGAAUAUAUUUACCGAUAAACUUCUUAAGUUAUGUUUCGAAGGUUUACACUGAUUUUCCUCUGCUGAUGGAUAACGCUCACGAUUCGUACCACUUGACAAACGGAACUUAUCCUGUGGUUAGCCACGCUAGGCCAGCUGAUAGAUGCAGCACGCAUAAACAGCGUAAACUCAGGGCUGAAUGUAGACCACUUAAGCGCGACUGUUCGCCUUCAGGAACAUCCACUAAUUGUAGCUCACCGUUGGUGGCUGGAAAUCGCAUUUCCUUGCUGGCCUGCAGAAGACAUCCUCUGCUCUGCCCUAGCUAGUCUGGAAGAACUUCUUUAUCCAUCAGGGAACGAAAAACGGUUUCUUGUUAAUUUAUUUGCUUUGUUUUAAAUCUCUCUUGUUUGCAAACGAACUAAACUGGUUUCUCGGUCAGACCCCGCUAAACAAAAAGCAUCUGUAUUCACAAGUGCCACGUGUUUAAGGUACCAAUAAUUCGAACAAAUUUCCUCGAAAGGGAUAAUCUUUGUGACCCUCGUUCCCUCGACGGUUGUGUAUAGCUACUUUGUAUAGUGCCAUGUCUGCCCUGAAUACUACUGUUGUAGUAAGUAUUUUAUGUAAAUAGUCUGUACCUCACCCACUCUUUUCUAACAGAUAUGUAACCUACACUGAAAUGUAUAGCUGUGUUUUGUUUGGUUUUGGCCACUGUGCACCCAUAAAUCCAGAGAUACUGACUCCCCGCCCCGCGUUCGCCCUAUUCAGGGUUGCUCUUGUAGCGCUUCUGGUUGGUGCGUCUGCGCUGAAUGGUUGCCUGUAUAUGUCGUCUAUGCAUUCAGAUAGCGGUAGAGCACUCUUUGUCUGUUGUCGAAUUCUGCCUUACGCCUCUGGCUGAAGUCCCGGAAGGCUCGUGAAAAGCAAGUAUUACGUCUUCACUCUCCACUGACAGCGUCCUGUGUUUUCUAGUGCCAUUCACUGCCCUCCAAUGCCAGGAAACCAGGCAUCGCGGAGCUUUUGUUGUCUUAUUAGUGUCCGACGUUAGGAAAGACAUAGUAUCCGUCUUAGUAUUUCACUUCACAAACUCGAACCGUUCCAAGCACAAGAUGUUGACUCAUUGAAGUGACUUUCGGUGUCUUUCGGCGAUGCUAAAACACGGAGUAUCAGCUUCUAGUAUUUGCUGCAUAGUUCUAGCAUGCCGAGUCUUAAAGUGUUGUAUUAUCUGCCUUUGUGCUCGAAGACCUUAAUAAAGCAAGUACUCGCCAAAACCCAAAGGAAUAGCUGAGGACGCUUCCGAGUCUAAGACUUUCCGCAUCUCAGAGCCUUGAGCGAAUGAUGUGUCUGUCUGCUGUUGACGCGACGGAGCCGUCAUGUUUAAAGGAAGGGCAGUGCUGCAGAUAGAUACACUACUCCAGCUGUAUUCUUCCUCUACACGGCCUGAUUUUGUGGCAGUUCUGUUGGCUUUCAUUAGCGGUUCACGUUCCAUUCUCCGCUCUUGCUGAAAGGAUGGUGUACAAAGAAAGGCCUUUUUCUCACUGUAGCCUUUUUUAAAAAAUUUGAUUCUGAUCAGAGAAGGCUGAUUUGCCGUUUUGGUUUUGCCCUGAUAAUCAAGUUUGAUUAUUAAUAAUUAUGCAAGAAUUUUUAUGCCUGCCACAAAGAAUUCCUAGUGCCUCCAGUUUGAUGCCUGACAUUUUUGGUCCUUUUUUUGUACUUAGGUUUUUUAAAUUUGAUUUAAUGUGGGCGCUUUUGAGUCCUCAUAUCAAAAUAAUUCGUACUAAAGAUUUUGCUCAGUACAGAAUAUAGACCUGCUUUCAUUGUACAGUCUAACCUAAGCUUCCUCAUUCUUCAUCAUUGACCCAAUAAAAUCAUUUUGCAAAAACCGUCA